AUGAGCUGGAGGUCGCCGCCGCUCGGGGUCGUCGCGCUCCUGCUGCUGGCCGCGGCGUCCACGCUCCCGGCGCCGUCGCGCGCCGAGUGGGCGGCCGUCCCGGACGUGAACGACCUGGUGAUCAGGCAGGUGGGGCAGUUCGCCGUGCUGGUGUACGGCCUGGCGCACCGCAAGGACCUGGCGUUCCUGGGCGUGGUGCGCGCCCAGACGCAGGAGGCCGUCGGCGGCGGCACCAACUAUCGCCUCGUCGUGGCGGCGGCCAAGCCCGGCGACGACGGGAGGCCCGCCCAGUACGACUGCCUGGUGUGGGGAGUGCCCGGCUCGCGCUCCGACACCUGGAAGCUCCGCAGGUUCAGGAAGAUCCAGAGCUAGCUAUAUAUAGCGGGCAGAUGAUCUCAAUCUCACCACCCGUCCCCUCAAGCAGCUAGAGUAGUAGUAAGUAACUCUAUUUAAGGAUCACAUAUAUGCCGCAGCUGGCGUAUUUUACGAUAACCAAACAUUUUCUGCCAUGUAAGCGUCAGUAAUAAGGUUCUUAUUAUAUCAAAAUAGUCAAACUUCAAGGCUUGUUCUCCUUGUUUUAGCAGGAGUCAUCAUGGCCGUACUAUCAUGUAUGAUUACCAUUGAUAAGCAAGUGAAUACAAUUAUUAAUGUCCAA